AUGGAUUUGUCAGAAAAUUUUGCUGAUGAAAUGGAACAAGCUUUUGAUUUUAAAGAGCAUGUCGCAUUAGAGUUUAAUAAACUUCGUGGUUAUCCAAAAAAAAAUAAUGGUAAUACUCAGCCAACUCCUCAAGAUGUGCUAAUAGAGGAACGAGACUGGAAUCAGACCAAUACCUCUUACAGUGGGUCUGAAAUAUAUGAAUGGAAUCUUGAUGGGUUAACUGAUAGACAGUUGACUAUUCUUGUCCAUCGUAUGUUGAUGUAUGCUACUAUCUGUUUUACUGGCCAACUCCGAGGUUAUUGGGAUAACUAUAUAAGCUUUGAGGAAAAAGUUGUUGUGGUAAAUGCUAUCGCAGACAAUGAAAGUGUUGAUAACUUGGGCAUGGCUCUAGCAUUUAGGAGAAUUUCGAUGCUUUCUAGGCAACUUAAGAUAGAUAAGCUUCGAGAAAGAUCUCAGUUGGGAGACUUUUGUGUCCAGUUUGGAUUACCCAAUACUUCUGCUAAUAGCCAGACGAAGCAAAAUAAAGAAUCCAAUCCUGAUAAACCUUUUAGGAAAAUAAGGUCUAGACGAAGAUCUAGGGAGGAACGGCAAGAGCGAAAAGCUUAUCGUAAAUCUAAUAGAUUUACCAAGAACAGGUCUAGGCGAGAACUUGCUAAGAUCAAGUGCUACAAGUGUGGCAAGUUUGGACAUAUAGUACUCAAUUGUAAGCUUGAAAAACUAAAAACUUUAGAACUAGAUGAAGAGUUUCACGAUAAGAUCUUUAGUUUCUUAUACACCUCUGGUUCUAAGUCCGAUUACGAUUCUGAAUCAGGUUGA